AUGCCCAAGCGCAUCCUGGGCACCUCGUUCGCGGCCGUCCCAACUCUCCCCUCCCCGGGCCCCCAAACCUCCACCACACUCAUCAGCAGCAGCAGCAGCAGCAGCUCCUCGCCCAGCGGCCCAGCCACAUUCUUCGACUCGCUGCCGCUGCCCCGCCUCAUCGUCUUCGACCUCGACUACACCCUCUGGCCCUUCUGGGUCGACACGCACGUGACGCCGCCGGUCAAAGCCAAGGACUCGAGCACGCGCGUCCAAGACCGAUGGGCCGAGUCCUUCGCCUUCUACCCGGGCGUACCGACCAUCCUGCACGCCACGCGCGAGCGCGGCAUUGCCAUGGGCGUGGCCAGUCGCACCCACGCGCCCGAGCUGGCCAGGGACUUGCUGAAACUGCUGGUGGUGACGCCGCCUUUCAACGCUGUGGAGGCCGAGGACGACUACAACAACAACAACAACAACCCGGACGAGAAGAAGAAGAAGAAGAGCAGCAACAAACAGGCGAAGCCGCUAAAGGCGCUGGAGUAUUUUGCCCACCUGCAGAUCUUCCCCGGCUCCAAGACGGCGCAUUUUGAGAAGAUACAGGAAGGGAGCCAGAAGGCGGGCGAUGAGGUCGCGUUUGCGGAUAUGUUGUUCUUUGACGACGAGGCGAGGAAUCGGAAUGUGGAGGUGGAGUUGGGGGUGACUUUUUGGUUGGUGCGCGAUGGGGUCACCAGGGAGGAGGUGGAUAAGGGGGUGUGGGAGUGGAGGAAGAGGAGGGGCAUCUUUCCCGGCCAAAGCCCCGGGCAGAGCCAACAAGGCGAUCACGCGCAGUAUUACCAGCCUAGAAAUGAGCUUUGA